CGACAAAUAAAAUCUUCUUAGUCAUCACAUAUUGGGCUUUUUUCUUUCUCCAGGUGAAUAUGGGCACACAGAAGUGUCCCUUAAAACCUUGAGUUUACUAAGACCUUGAGCCUAUUAUUGAAUUUUACAGUGCUGCCACAGAUGUGAUCAUUAAAUUCCUGUAUGCGCUACUUACUAACAGCUCAUUCCCCACAAGUGUUACUGCCUUAAAGACCAGGAAAUAAGCUAACUGACCAGGCAGCUGCCAUAGAGAACAUGCCGAAUAAUGUUAAGUGAUACUGUAUAAUCUUUAAAGAACUACAAUAAUGCCGUGAACCUUGCAGAGAGAUAUUGCACAGGUCUAAGGACAAGAGCUGUAAACUUCUACAUCUGAGAGACUGUUGAACAUUAAAUAUUGAUAAAAGAGUAGAGAAUGAAAAAACACAUUAACAUCUGACUUCCAAGUACCAAAAGAUUUUUUUCAUUGAUUCUUUUAUCGUGGACGGAUCAACAGUUGAAGUUUCCUCUGGGAACUGUUUUCUGGAAUCUCUCCAGGUCCAAUUUCACAUUCAAGUGCUUGUGUGGUAUGUGGUUAGUCAGCACAUCCUGCUGCACCGACGUAUAUGGCAGUUCCUCUCUCCUCAUGCCAGCUUUUGUGUUGUGUUCAGACAGCUGCAGCCAUGGGCAAGUCACAGUCACUCUUGGCAAAACACAAAGACGAGAGUCAAGACGCACUAACAGCUGAUGGCGAGUACAGAGACAGUCAAACAGACGAGGAUGGAAAGAAUGGAGACGUAUCCCAGUUCCCGUAUGUGGAGUUCACUGGACGGGACAGCGUCACGUGCCCCACGUGUCAGGGCACCGGCAGGAUCCCACGAGGCCAAGAGAAUCAACUUGUGGCUCUGAUUCCAUACAGUGACCAAAGGCUCAGACCAAGCAGGACUAAGCUGUAUGUCACAAUAUCAGUGGCACUGUGCCUGCUGCUGUCUGGCCUGGCUGUCUUCUUCUUAUUCCCCCGCUCUAUUGAUGUCUCCUAUGUGGGAGUGAAGUCUGCCUACGUCUCCUACGACCUGGACAAACGAAUUGUCUAUCUCAACAUUACAAGCACUCUGAACAUCACCAAUAACAACUACUAUGCUGUAUCUGUGACCAACAUCACAGCCCAAGUGCAGUUCUCCAAGACAGUGAUAGGCAAGGCCAAGUUUAACAACAGUUCCGUGAUCAUACCACUGGAUGAGCGGCAGAUUGACUACACAGUUCCCACCACCAUAGCUGAUGAUAUGAGUUACAUGUUUGACUACUGCACCUUGCCAACCAUUAAAGUGCACAACAUAGUGGUCAUGAUGCAGGUGACGGUGACGACGGCGUACUUCGGCCACGCGGAGCAGGUCUCCCAGGAGAUGUACCAGUACGUGGACUGUGGGGGUAACACCACCUCCUUGCAUGAGCAUAUGCAGGUCUAUAAGUAAAACAAGCAAAAGAAGCAGGAUAUCACAUGCUGCUUUGACUAGGGUUCUCACAGAGACAACUGGGCUGACCAUGGGAGAUCUUUGCUCAGUGACGAUGGAAUAAUGGACAGGGACAUAACUUUUCUUUAUUAGUCACGCGGCUCAUCCAUUCUUAAAUUCCCAACCACUUUCUUCCUUUUGCCGGUCAAAUGUGAUGUCUAGAUGAGAUUUUCGGUUGGUAACUUGUCAAACAUUCUGGUUAAGGCAGAUGAUCUCACCUGCCACAGCCAGAAUUUUGCAGGAUUUGCCUAGAAGUUUGUAGUUACUUUUCACCCUGGUGCCAACAAAACAGACGCAUACACUUUAAUGUUCAUGUCGUUGGUGUGCAUUCCCAUCGUGUUUACACCUCAACAGUUAAGUUACUGAAAGCAGUAGUUUCAGAUAUGAUGCACUUUAUCCCGGAGUACAUAAUAAUAAGAAUGCUGUGUGACUGCAAUAGAAAUGCUGCAGCUACCAGCACUCCUACUAUUCUGCUAUUGUGUACCACUUUUAAUGAAAAAUACUCAAACAAGAGGUGCAGGAAGAGUUUUUUGACACAAAAACCACUGAGCCACUCCUUAUCACUUCAUUCUUCCUUUUCAUUCCUUCCUUCAGCAGCCUCUCUCUCUUUUGUUUUGUGUUAUAAAAAUAUGAUUCUUGAUAUUGUAUGGUACAAUAUAGAUGAUCUAUUUAUUUCUUUUGGGGUUUUUUUGGCUUUCUUUGCUUAGAGUUCUUAAUCUUUAGCUUAAGUGAGGGUAGUGUAGGUCUUCUCUUUUGUUUGUCAUUCAGCUGAGUCAUUUUUAACGCAAUUGUGACUACUGUGAAGACUUUAACAUCGUACAAGCAAAUAAUUUUGUAAAAGGGAUCAUGUUUUUAAUUCCAUAGCAAAUGUGGGAGCUGCACAGUGGGCUAUUAAUACCGAAAUGUGUCAAUGUAGAAUAUGUCCUUCUGCUUCAAACCAUUUUAUAUUGAGAAUAAUUGCUGGUGUGGGAGAAACUUUCUCCGCUUAAUGAGGUUGUCCCAUUUUUGUGGUGUCAUUCACAAUAAUGUGUUUGCUAUUUUAAUCCUCUCUCCAUCAAUAACUUGUCUUAUGAGUCAACUGUUAUUCUUGAGUUUGAUAUUAUUAUGACUUCCCUUUUGUCACGUUAAUUAUGAUUUUGGAUUGGCUGAUGAUUGCCAUCAGUGAAUAAUAAUUACACCACAAGCAUGUGAACAUGGUUACAUUGUUACCAACAGACCAUGUAAACUACUGAACGGCUUUAGUCUGACAGAAGGCCCAUGAUGCAGAAAUGCCCUGAAUGUAAAUUAUUUUAUAGUUAAAUUCUGAUUUUUCUUCAUUUGUAAUUGCGCAGGUCAGAUAAAAUGCAAAAACUUGACUUUGUCAGACCGUCUACGCAGUCAUCAUAAAAAACAAACAUCUGGUCACCCAGAUCCAGCCCUUCUUCAUAUCUGAUGACAGACAGUGUAGAUGUGAAAACUUCUGUUAAUUAGUGGUUUUGUGUUUUUCAUGCAUGAAGCUGGCAAUAAAAUCAAGACUCAUUUUGAAACUGUUUUCAA